AUUUGACAUUCAAUAUGGAUGGCCUAAAAUCACAAUUUUUGAUAAGGGCAAAUGGUUUUGUUGAAAAAAUACAAAGCCAUGACUAAAUUUAGUGGUUCUUGCUAAAGUCAAAUUUUUGAUUAUCUUUGCUAACUCCAUUUUCUCAGCACCAGUUCAGGAGCCCUGUCCUAUCUGCAUGGAAAUGUUUACCAUUGACUUUAUUGAAGUACAUGCUGCUUCGUGUGGUGAAAGGUACAUUAUAUACUGUAAUUCAGUUUUAUUUGUAUGUACUUGUUUCAUUCACCAUCAGAUAUAAAUCAUGAAGCAGUUUCACAAAUAUAAUUAUAGUGUUUAACGUUGUGUUGUGAAUGUGGGCAGUGCAGGAAAUGAGGUGUUGGAUAGGAGUACUGUUGAAGAGCAAGCAGCGAUGCCUGGACCGUCCAGUAGUGAACAAGUUACAGAUGAGUGGCUCACGGUACAAGACCCUACCAAGGCCAUGCCUGGACCGUCCAGUAGUGAACAAGUUACAGAUGAGUGGCUCACAGUACAAGACCCAACCAAGGCCAUGUCUCUGUUUCGGGAUUCUAUUCUUAGCCAUCAUGAAAGUAAGAAUCCCUUAUUUCUCAGCAUGGAUAUUAGAAAGAGCCCUGCUGAACAAGACGCUGCGCUCAUCUGCUUCUAUAAGAAGCCGAAUGUGGAAUGGGCACGACCCUUGAAUUGCAGACUUGAAGGUGAUGCAGCCAUUGGAGAGGGUGUGAGUCGCUUUUUUCUCUCAACUUGCAUGAACAAGCUAAAGUCUGGGUUUUGCUUCCACUUUGCAAACACUGCUGUUACACAUCUCUUUGAUGGACAGCCAGGCCAUUUAGUGCCCUCAGCCUCUCACUUUCUUGUGGAAAGUGACAUGUUCGUCAUGGCAGGCAGAAUGGUGGGGCACUCCUUUGUUCAUGGAGGACCAUGCCUGUCAGGGCUUAGCCCUGCUGUUGUGCAUGUCCUGUUUGGAGGAAGCCCGGAAACUGCAACAGUAACACCAGAGGACUGUCCAGACCUAGACAUCCGUGAAACAAUCAGGCUUCUUGAAGGGGAAUCUGAACUCUCAGACAAGGACAAAAAAAGUGUCCAGGACUUGGCCUUCGCUUGGGAUCUCACUGGCCUUACUGGAAAUAACCGAAGAUGGCUUUUUGAGAAGAUGUUGAUCCAUGCUGUAAUUGGACGUGUCACACGAUAAAUCAAGCAAUUCAGGCGUGGUCUUAAAGAGACACCAAUGUGGACAUUGCUGACCAAACGACCUGACACAGUGGCCCAGCUUUUUCCACAGGAGAGAGCAGGGGAUUGUAACCCUGCGAUAAUCUUGCAGCACAUCACCUGGCCUCACGAAGAUGACGACGACGAUUAUUCACUUGACACAAAAUGCCGCAUAUCAGGUUAUCUUCGCCACUUCAUUGAAAAUGCAUCACCUGAUGAAUUGACUGACCUGUUGAAAUUCUGGACAGGGUGGGAGAUUAUGCCAAGGAAUAACCUAUCCAUUGAGGUGGUUAAAGGCAGCUUCCCAACAGCCUCCACCUGUUUUGAGACCCUGCGAAUCCCAGGACAUUACAAGGACUAUGCAUCCUUUAAAAAUGACAUCCUGGCUUGUAUUGGCACUUGCCAAACAGGAUUUGGUCUUGUGUAGGGACAAAGCAUUGGUGAAUAACGCCAUAUGUUAAUGUUAAAUGUUUAAAUGAUAGCAUAUUUAUAUGCCAAAUUACGAAUACAAAGUUCAUUGUUAUGUUUUUUGAUGGACAUAUACAGUAUAGGGGGUUGAAUAAUUACAUUAAUUGGCAUGCAACCUGCUAGCAAUGGCAAUGUAGCAACUUCAAAGUUAAUGUCCUUAUCAAUGUUUUCAAAGCUUGGCAAAAGCAUUUUUUAAUAGCCGUUGAAGCUCAUUGCCCUUUGGCACUGAGAACUGGCUAUAAUUCUGUUUUUCACUGUUGUAAUUUCUGUCCUCAACCGUCAGUUUUUACCUAUGAAUAUACACUCUCCAACUUGUGUACAA